AUGUUGUUUUUAUAAUCGGAAGUACAGGGGCUGGCAAAACAACAUUAGCUGCUUUUUUAUCAGACAUAGAUCUAAUUGUAAAAAAAAACGAGCUUAAUUAAAAAAUCAUUAACUAUAAAUAAAAACAUUUAUAAUUAAAAAAUAAAAUUGGUGAAAAUGCUCUCUAAUCAGAAACAACUUUUCCUAAUGUCUUUGAGAGCUCUUCUUGUGUUUAUAUUGAUUGCCCAGGAUUUUAAGACACUAAAUUAACUAAAGCUGAUAUUAUAAACUCGUUUUUUAUUCAUUAUUUUUAAUAGAAUGCUUUGUAGGUAAAAAUAAUUUUAUUAAUAGAUGGUUCAUUACUAGAUUGCAAAGGAUUGA